AAGUUUGUUAACAGUUGUCGGUCUGGCGGCGUGAGACGCGUACAUGUUUUGAGUUUUUGUGUCAUUUUUGUACAAAACGAAACGUUCAUCAGCUGUCGUAGGCAUUUCAAGCUUAUAAAACAAAACAUUCAAUUAGUUUUCUUAUAAUUUUGGAAAAUGUUCAUUUAACAAUUAAAACACUAUAACAACGUUUAAAAGAUUCUAUAAUUAUUUUUGUAACCUAUAUCAGGCUGUCAUGGGUUUGUGUGAUUAGUUUUUGUUCUGUAACCAUUCAUGGUGUCAUCGCUGUAUGGUGUGCAAUUAAUUAUUGUUUAGUUAAUAAACACUGAGUGGCAACAUUAAGUGAUAUUUGUAUAUCAGUGCAAAGACGCAUACAUUCAAAUAUGUCUAAAGUAUCCUUAAACAAUGUGCCGUCAAACCCUCGUAUUAACCGCCUCAGAACAUUUUCUAGGACGGAAAGUGAGACAUCGUGUGAGGAAGCGGCGCGGCUGACCGCAGAGGGCGCUGGCGAGGCUGACGAUGACGAGGCAUUUGAUUACGGUGCGCUGCCACCGCCCCCUGACGGCGGCUACGGCUGGGUUGUCGUGUUCGCUUCAUUCAUGUGCAACCUGGUGGUCGACGGGAUCGCAUACACCUUCGGAAUAUUCUUACCCGAACUCGUCGCAUACUUCGGCGAGGGUAAAGGAACUGUUGCGUGGGUCGGCAGUUUGCUGUCAGGAGUUUAUUUAGCUGCAGGACCAAUAGUAUCAGCGCUAUGCAACAAGUACGGGUGCCGUGCGGUGUGCGUUGCCGGCUCCCUAGUCGCCACAGUUGCGUUUGCUCUCUCCACGCUCAGCAAGAGCGUUACUAUGAUGAUGAUCACCUACGGAGUGAUAGGAGGUAUCGGCUUCGGUAUGAUUUACUUGCCGUCAGUGGUGGCCGUCGGGUAUUACUUCGAGACACGCCGCUCGUUGGCCACCGGUAUAGCUGUGUGCGGGUCCGGUGUAGGCACGUUCAGCUUCGCCCCGCUCGCCAGUAUACUACUGCAGCAGUUUGGCUCCUGGCAGAACGCAAACCUCCUACUUGCUGGACUUAUACUCAACUGCGCAGUGUUCGGCGCACUUAUGAGACCGUUGGUGUAUCCGAAAACAUCAGGUCAAAAGCCUUUACUACAACGAAUGGCCGAAGAGAAACGACUGCAAAUGGAACGAGGAUCGAUCGGAGGUUCAUAUUUCGUGGUACAAUUACCUGAUGGUACAAUGGAGAAACGAUUGAAGGCGCCGCUGAACAUCGACCCGGGUGUGCACUCGUCGCUGAACCUGGAGGCGCUGGCGCGCGUGCCCACGGUGCCCAACAUGCCGGGCGUGCCGCCCGUGCCCACGCUGCCCACCAUCACCGAGGCCAGGGUCGUGGACGUAGAUAUCGACGAAAAGAAAAAGAACGAGAACGGGUCUGCAGUAGGGGUGGGCGUGGGCGUGGGCGUGGGCCAGGCGAUGGCGCGCAACGUGUCGUCGCCGGCGUUCAGUGCGCAGGCGCCCGGCCUGCCGAAGAACGGCUCGGUGCCGUUCUUCGACCGCCAACGCAAGCAGAGCGCCGGCGACAGGUCAGACAGCGAUAGAUUUAAACCGUCCCUCGCUGCUAUCAAAGCCACUUCGAAAACAUCGAUGAGCAGCCACAGAAAUAUGAACGAUGGUGACACAGAGAGUCAGGUGUACAACUCGAAGCUGUCGGUGGCGGCGAGAGAACCUUCUAGAAUGGUGCGUCCGAUGUCCCGCAAGGACAUCUUCUACUCCGGCUCCGUGCUCAAUCUGCCGCAGUACCAGAGCCAGAAGUCGCUGCAGGGCUACAGGAACUCCGUGCUCAGCCUACCCCAGAGCAGGCAGACCGGCGACCUGGAGAGACAGGAACAGUACGACUUGUGCCCGUGCCUGACGCUGCCGGAGUCGUUCAAGUCGGCGCUGGCGUCGAUGCUGGACGUGAGCCUGCUGCGCGACCCCGCCUUCAUGCUCAUCGGCGUCUCCAACGUGUUCGGCAUGGCCGGCCUCUACGUGCCCUUCGUAUACAUCGUCGAUGCCGCCUGCCUUAAUGGCGUGGAGGCGUCGCAGGCGUCGUUCCUGCUGUCGAUCAUCGGCAUCACGAACACGGUGGGGCGCAUCGCGUGCGGCGCCGUGGCCGACCUGCCGCGGGUGGACGCGCUGCUGCUCAACAACAUCUGCCUCGUCAUCGCCACGAUAUCAGUCGCGUUGACGCCAUUCUGUUCUUCGUACGGUGCUUACGUAGCGGUGGCCAUCGCUUUUGGAAUCGCCAUUUCUGGAUAUAUAUCAUUGACGUCUAUAAUCCUGGUGGACCUGCUGGGUCUGGACAAGCUGACGAACGCGUUCGGGCUGCUGAUCCUGUUCCGCGGCGCGGCCGCCAUCGUGGGCUCUCCGCUGGCGGGCGCGGUGUACGACGCCACGCACAACUACGACGCCUCCUUCUACAUGGCGGCGGCCUUCUUCCUCGCCGCCACCCUCACCUCCUUCGCAGCACCCAUAUUCAGAAGAAAACAAGAAGAAAUCCAGCAACCGUUGGACGUGCUAACUCCUAUCGACGAGGAUCUGGAGGAAGGAGAGGACGAGGACCCUGACGACACUCCUAUCACUAUGGGGGCGCACAUCGGCCCCGACAGCGCACACAGCCCCGCGGAGCGCACGCAGCGCGAAAGUGUACUCUAA